AUGAAGUACCACUUUACAGAAUCAGGUAAACUAACUUGUCCAACACCAGGCUGUGAUGGUUCAGGCCAUCAAACAGGCCUGUACACACAUCAUCGAAGUCUUUCGGGUUGUCCACGACGACCAGAUAAAUCAACAAUUCAAUUAUUAGCUCUACAACAAGAUACGGUAUUACGUUGUACAACACCAGGUUGUACAGGUAAAGGUCAUGUGAAUAGUAAUCGAACAUCACAUCGAAGUUUAUCUGGUUGUCCAAUUGCUUAUCAGCAGAAAUUAGCACGGAAGAGUAAGAAAUGA